AGGGGCUCGGCCCCUUCCACCUGGGCAGCCGUGGAGCCCUCCGGCUCCCCUCCGGCAGCCCCACCGCCCCCUCGCCUGGUUGCUUUCUUCCUCGGGUCCUCUAGACCCCGCGCCCGUGCUCCAUCUCCCACAGCCCCUGCUCAGCUUCGCUUCGCUUCUUUCUGCCUGCGGGGCUCCGAGAGGCCGGCUCGCUGGCACGUGGAGAAAGUCUCACAGGGAACCCAGUUGGGAAGCUCACGGCCACGGCUCCCCCGCCCGCCCAGCCUCAGCGGGAGGCGACCAGAGGAGGUGGCAACUUGGGCGCUGGGCGGGAACGCCUUGCCACGCGCCUUUCAGCUUAGCCGCGGACGUCCCUUGCGCAGUGCCCACCGCAUCGGGCCACCAAACGGUCCCUGCUGUCUGGCCGGGGUCUGCGCGCCCUGGCGGCUGGCAGGAAGGGCAAGAGGGGAAGGGUCUAAGAGAAGCGGGGCUUGGCUUACGAGGGUCUCUACUUCUGGGAGGCGUCCCCAGCGGAGCUGAAAUGCGUGUGCAGUGAGCAGUUUUUCCUCCUUCGACUCUCUGAGAGCUGUGGAAAGUUUUGGAGGCGGAGGUAUGGCCUGGCAGCCUUAUCGUUUUCCUCAGACAAGGAACCCAGAGGGAGGAUCAGGUGUUUUCAGGUUAACCGUCAGAAACGCGAUGGCUCAUCUUGAUUGUGAGGUGAAAGAAGAAUGUCUGAGGGAAGAUCUGAAGUUUUACUUCAUGAACCCUUGUGAAAAAUACCGAGCCAGACACCAGAUUCCAUGGAAACUGGGUUUGCAGAUUUUGAAGAUAGUCAUGGUCACCGCACAGCUUAUUCGUUUUGGUUUAAGUAACCAGCUGGUGGUUUCUUUCAAAGAAGAUAAUACUAUUGCUUUUAAGCAUUUGUUUUUGAAAGGAUAUGCUGGGACAGAUGAAGAUGACUACAGUUGCAGUGUAUAUACCCAAGAAGAUGCCUAUGAGAGCAUAUUUUUUACUAUUAAUCAGUAUUGUCAACUAAAGAAUAUAUCCCUGGGGAUUCUUGGUUACGGAAAAAACGAAGACAAUGCAAUUGGCUUGAAAGUCUGUAAGCAGCAUUACAAGAAAGGGGCCAUGCUUCCUUCGAAUGAGACACUGAAUAUUGACAGUGACAUUGAGCUAGAUUGUAUUCACUUAGACCUUCAGGUCCUCACCAAGAACCCUCAGGACUGGAAGAACUCAUCAUUCUUCAGACUAGAAUUUUAUCGGCUCUUACAAGUUGAAAUCACCUUUCACCUCAAAGGCAUUGACCUACAGACAAUUCAUUCCCGUGAGCUACCAGAUUGUUUCCUCUUUCGGAAUACCAUUACCUUUGACAAUAAAGCUCACAGCGGCAAAAUCAAAAUCUAUUUUGACAGUGAUGCCAGCAUUGAAGAAUGUAAAGACUUGAACAUAUCUGGAUCCAUUCAGAAAAAUACUCAGUAUGUCCUGGUGUUUGAUGCCUUUGUUAUUGUGAUUUGCCUGGCAUCCCUUAUUCUGUGCACAAGAUCCAUUGUUCUUGCUCUGAGGUUACGGAAGAGAUUUCUAAACUUUUUCCUGGAGAAGUACAAGCGACGUGUGUGUGACACUGACCAAUGGAAGUUCAUCAACAGAUGGUACAUCCUGGUGAUUAUCAGUGACAUAAUGACAAUAAUUGGAUCCGUAUUAAAAAUGGAAAUCAAAGCAAAGAAUCUCACAAAUUAUGAUCUGUGCAGCAUUUUGCUUGGAACAUCUACACUGCUUGUUUGGGUUGGAGUCAUCAGAUACCUGGGUUAUUUCCAAACAUAUAAUGUGCUCAUUUUAACUAUGCAAGUCUCAUUUCCAAAAGUCCUUCGGUUCUGUGCAUGUGCUGGCAUGAUUUAUCUGGGUUACACAUUCUGUGGUUGGAUUGUCUUAGGACCGUAUCAUGACAAGUUUGAAGAUCUAGACACAGUUGCUGAGUGUCUGUUCUCUCUGGUCAACGGUGAUGACAUGUUUGCAACCUUUGCUCAAAUACAACAGAAAAGCAUCUUGGUCUGGCUGUUUAGUCGCCUAUAUUUAUAUUCCUUCAUCAGCCUUUUUAUAUAUAUGAUUCUCAGCCUUUUUAUUGCACUUAUUACAGAUUCUUAUGACACCAUCAAGAAAUACCAACAGAAUGGGUUUCCUGAAACGGAUCUUCAGGAAUUCCUGCAGGAAUGUAGUAGCAAAGAAGAGGUUCAGAAAGAGCCCCCCGCCUUCCUGUCCUGCAUCUGCUGUCAUAGGAGGAAAGGAAGUGAUGACCAUUUGAUACUUACUAGCUAAAAGCCUUCUGCUAAAGACAAUCAAGUUUUAGCCCUGCCUUAACAUUGGCAAAGCAGAGGGAUCCCAAAACAGCUUGGAGUAAUACUUCCAAAACUACUGACUUAAUUAAUUGCAGAAUGGGAAAAAGAAGUGAGUACCAGCUGGCUGACCAUGACCAAGUUCCUAACUUACUUUUUUUAUAAACUUGGAUGAUGACAAAAGACUACGUGCUACAACUGGCAUUAGUGCAAUGGAGCAGUGAUAAAAGAAAUUCUCCGUUAGUCUUGUAAUUUGUGACAUGAGUGUACAAAGCAAUGGUGUUUAAAAUUAUGUGUUUAAAGAUGUGUGUUCCUGGUCAAAUAAAGGUUUGUUCUAACAGUAA